GGCCCUUGAAAGAAAUAAGGCAUGAAUGGAUUAUAUGCAGUACCCACAUUUGCAUUGUCAUCAAUUACGAAUUCUGAUUUGCCUGGGGGCAUUUGUUUUGUAAAUGUUUCUUUGUUACUAGGGAUGUAGAGUUGUGGCAAAAGUUCCUGUUUCAUAACUGAUCUUUACCCAUCACCAACUUGUAGAAAAUAGGGUUUAAAGAAAUCGGCUAGAGUGGCCUGCUUUCAACACUGAGUGAUGCAAAGCCAUGUCAGCUCCUACCAAAGAUUCCUAUUUACGCCCUAGGCACAUAAGUAAGGAAAGGAGCUGUGGACUGAGAGGUACAUCUGUCAGCUUCCCCAAGGUCUCUUCAACAUGAUCAUCAUUCCAAGAGCAGGUACCUGUAAGAAGGCUGUCCACUGAAUCUGUGAGUUUACUGCUGAGACUUCGAUCUGUUUUCACUGUGUCACUUUUAAGUUAUGGGAGGUUGCUGGCCAUGGUCCAUGCACUCACAAAAAUUAUAAGCCAUUUUUGAAGGAUUCAGUCUACUUGAAGAUUGUGCUAAAGGGAAAAGUAAGACAAAAUCAUGGAGCUGCAAGAAGAGGAUGAAAUGGAUGAAGAAAAAGAGAAAAAAACCAUGUCUCAUCCCCAAAGCACGAUGAAGGACCGGCUGGCCGAGAUGCUGGAGCUGACCAAGAGCUAUGACCAGCAGUUCCCAGCCAGGGACGCGGAGUUCGACCCGCCCCACGAGGACGUCGUGUUCGAGACGGACCACAUCCUGGAGUCCUUGUACCGAGACAUCCAGGACCUCCAGGAGGAAAACCAGCAGCUGAUGACCGACGUGAAGCGGCUGGGAAAGCAGAACACCCGCUUCCUCACGUCCAUUCGGCGCCUCAGCAGCAUCAAGCACGACACCAGCUCCAUUGCCAAGGACAUCAAGGCCCGCAGCGAGAACAUCCACCGCAAGCUGCGCGCCCUGAAGGCGCGGGGCGAGGAGGCCGAGGAGGUGCACGGCGCCCACUCGGCGGUGGCGCGCAUCUCGCGGGCGCAGUACAACGCGCUCACGCGCACCUUCCAGCACGCCAUGCAGGGCUACAACCAGGCCGAGGUGAAGCAGCGCGACAACUGCAAGAUCCGCAUCCAGCGCCAGCUGGAGAUCAUGGGCAAGGACGUCUCGGACGACCAGAUCGAGGACAUGAUCGAGCAGGGCAAGUGGGACGUGUUCUCCGAGAAUUUGCUGGCCGACGUGAAGGGGGCGCGGGCGGCCCUCAACGAGAUCGAGAGCCGCCACCGCGAGCUGCUGCGCCUGGAGAGCCGCAUCCAGGAGGUGCGCAAGCUCUUCGUGCAGAUGGCGGUGCUGGUGGAGGAGCAGGCCGACACCUUGAACGUCAUCGAGCUCAACGUGCAGAAGACCCUCGACUACACCGGCCAGGCCAAGGUGCAGGUGCGCAAGGCCGUGCAGUACACGAGGAAGAACCCCUGCCGGACCCUCUGCUGCUUCUGCUGCCCCUGCCUCAACUAGCCGGUGGGCCCCCGCCGCCGCACCCCGCCGCACCCCACCCCACCCCUGACGGGAGUGGCCGGGAAGCGCACCGGGGAGGAUUUGGGGGACCUCUGCACAGGGGCGAGCUGCCCCAGAAGUCUAGGGCCUUCUGUCCUUAGAGCAAGAAGCAUUUUGAGGUGCGAGAAUUCCAACCCAGCUUGUGUUGGGGAAGGUGGCGGAUGCCAUCCGGUGUCUCUUCAGUGAGGACAGACACCUGCCGGAGUUGUGCGAGGUCAUAUGGCACGCGGCACCCUGAGGCUGUAAGCUUGCUGUAGGCUAGAUGCCCAAGGCUUGCUUCCUAACAAAACUCUAGGAGGAAGUCAGUUCUGUAUUGGCGGAUAGUAUGAACGCAUUAUCAAGACUUAAAUUCAUUUACUUUAUCCUGAAAGUCCCUCGGUUCUGUUCAAGUUCACAUGACAUUGAUCUUGGAGAAAACCGUACCUCUUCCAUGUCUGAUUCUUCAUCUGGCUUGUCCUGUGAGAUUCCUGCCUAGAGGUAUACCUUUUAUCUGCUCACCUCCCCUACUUACUAAAAUCACAUUUAACAAACUCAUUAUUUCCUUAUAUCUUUCACUUUUAGUAUCUCCCAUCACAGUAUAUUUUGGAUUUUUUCCAAAUACUUUUAAGCACUGAGUUUUGAGCAACCAUUCAAAUUGAAGUAUAUUGUCAGCCAUGUUUUGUAUAUUUUUCAUAAAUGUAAUACAAAUGCACAUAAUUAUAUAAAUGUAAAGGACUAAUACUAACACAUGUACAUAAUGACCAAUUGGUUUGACUGGACUUUUGUAACUAUGGUCUAUAAAUAUUAACAGCAACACUUUUUUACUGAUCAUUGGUGUUGGUUUGCUUGUUUUGAGUUUAUCUUACUCCCAUCUCCAUAGUCACGGUUCUAUUUUGAACCAUUCUGUGUUGGUUAUGGUGAUAGAGACAGAUGUUAAAGGCUAAAAUGCAUAAAGAACUGGAGAUAAUAAAAUAGCAUUCUUGGAAAUACUACUUUUGUUUUACUGUGGGACCAUUCCUUUCAUGUACUGAAAUGGAGUAAUUUAAAAUAAAAUAAUCAUGUUUUUCAAUUCAGCCUAAUAAACAUUACAUUAUAAUAUC